UCAUAACCUAAAAAUGUGGCGGUAAUUGCUGGAUUUGCUGGUUUUAUUUAUUAUUAUUAAUUAAAGAAACAUCUGCCGCCCCAGUAGUGUUUGUUAGUCAAUACAAUAAUAAUGGCCUGUAAUGUAAGUUAUUGGAAACGCUUGUGGCGUUGGACGACGUCAGAGAGCUUGUCGAAGGAGGAGGUGGCGAAAGUGUUGGAAUGUAAUAAUGUGGUCGAUGGACUCCGUCAGGGCCUCGCUAGUUACAAGCCAUUCAAAGCCGACGCUUAUACUAAGUUGCAGUCAAAGCACUCUGACCAGGCCAAACUGCUGAGUGUAGUACAGACGCUACAAAACUAUGUCGAUGUGGAUUGCUUCCAAUUAUGGGAAAUAAUAAAACACUACUUGUGUGAUAUUUCAUAUGGAACACCAACAAAUGCCCUUAAAAAUGUUGCUUUUGUUGACACAAGACCUACUUUCCUUCUGCCAAAUGUAUGGAAGUUUUAUUAUAAUGAGAGACUGUUCUUGCUCAAGCUAUUACUAUACAUAAUACAGUUCAAAGACAAUACAAAUCAUAAAUAUCAAGAACAGUUUGAAAAAAUAAUCUGUGAUAUAGGAAUUGAGAACAUAAAAAUAUCACUUCUUUCACAAUUUGAGAAGUUAUUGUCUGCUGCUCCUCCACCUAGGAAAAUUCAGAGUGACUUUGCAAGUGAGACAGUCAGACAAGAAUGGGCAGAAGCCAAUCUUAGGGAACAACUUGCUAUCCUUCAAAUACUCAUGCUAAUAGCAAACGAAGAAUCAUUCUCUGAAGAACAGUUCAAAAAGCUGUUUGGGUUGUUCAGAAAGCACAGUUUUGGUAAGAAUCAGGGUUACCAUGAUUUGUUGGAGGAGAGGCACAGAGAGCCUUGUAUGAGGAUUAUGUACAUGGAAGUCAGUUUGUUUAUGGUCAUUCUGGAUGAUAGUAAAAUUAAAAACCUACCUUCAUGGAUAGAAUCCACAAAAGAAUCAGUUGAAUAUGAACUCACUAAACUCCAGAAAAAUACAGAGCACAGUGCUAUGUUAUUGACUUGGAUGCUGUUGACUUUGAAGAGUGUCCAACACAUGAAACUUUUUGAAAGUCAGUAUCAACAUUAUGGAGCCACAGCAUUGCGAAUGCGCGUUUUUGAAUUCCUACAACAAAUGCUCAACAGCUCUGUAUUGUCUGACAAAUCAAAAUGCGCUUUGGUAACCAGAAAACGCAUGUUCAAGCUUCUAAACGAGCUGUGUGACAAAUUUGACGGCGACGGUACCAUUAGCCAUCAAGCCGGCAUCAUGCAGCUAUGUGCAGAUCUGCUGCGUUCCCAAGAGAUCGCCUGUCAGUUCUGGGAGCUCCAUCAAAAGGAGGAAGGAUGUGGAAUUGUCUCACUGUGGAAUACAGCAUUAGAGUUUUUCCCAUAUAACUUUAGUGCACUGUCUACUUUAGCGGCUGGGUUAGCGCAAGGUGGAAAGUGCAGUGUUAGAAACUUGAUAGCUGAACUAAAGUGUCUGCCAGUAUACACCGAAAUCUACAACCCAAAUUCUGUACCAAUAAUGUCUUUACAAAAUGACGAUGCUGUUGUGGGCCGAGAAUACUUCCCUCUUGGAGACCCUUCUUACCGCAUCGAGUCGGGCUCUAGAGCUACAAUCAUGGAGAGAAAAGAGGGUACCAUGAUACACUUCCGAACACCAUACUCUUACUGGACAAUAUUAAACAAUGAGAUAGAAAAAGCAUUAGAUAGAAAGCAACACCAUCAACAAAACAUAAAUGUUACGCUUCAGCGAGUGUAUGAGGGAGCCAAAGUGUUGAAAGGGGUACUAAAAACAUUGGUAGAAGACAGAGAAAUUCCAAAGAGUUUGGUCGCGCCCAGUGAGGGAGUGUUUGAUGUGUUGGUGAGAUUCAUGAGAACAGAAACACCACCAUUGGCCUUAUUGGUUGAAUGUCUCGAGGUCUGCACUGCUUUGAUUCCUGCUUUCCCAAAGGAAAUACAUUUAAGGCUGAUAAAUACUGGUCUUCUUCCACGUAUAAUAAAUCACCACCUGACCCAUGUCGAAUACGCGAACGGGGUGUCUUUCGACUCUGCUGCCGUUGGCUCAUAUCUAGUGACAAUUGAGCAACCUACUGGAAGUUAUUACUUUUUGGGCGCAUACAUUGAUAUGCUAUGCGCUUUCCAUGAGGCCCCAUUUGACGAGCGGAUUACGACAGACAUAAUCCACCCGGGUCUCAUUCUGACUCUUCGUGAGGUAUUCCCAAACGUAUGUGGCUGGCGUUAUAGUAACACCAGUCAACGUCGCGACUUGAUACAGCGCUGUGCUAGGUUCCUGACCCUGGUAUUAGAGCAGACCAAAGACACUGGUAAUGGCACCUCUAAGCUGAAACGCACGUGUGUUUACAGCUUGUUGCACACAGAAAACGCUUUGGAAUUGUUGAAGAUUAUUUCUGCUGGUAACAACCAAUUAGAAAGUAUGAUUCAAGACGAAACAAACUGGAUAUCUGGAACAGGAUCCCAGUAUCUGUCUGCUAUACAAAGAUGCGUGGCAAUUAUAAUGUUCGCACUACGACUGAAGACAAUGGUAUCGGAAAGGAGUGAGGUCACGCCUUUGGAACAUCUUAUAUUCGCACAAAAUAAACAGAAAGAUUCUUUGAAAGUGGUGCCGAAGGUGGCCAGCUACAUCAACCACGCGUUCAAUAAGAAUUUACCAGUUUUGUGCUGUCGACUAUUGAGGAGAUUUGCAGACGAUUUUCAAAUGUCCCUCUUCGCGUCUCUGGACAUGACUGCUUAUCAAGUUCGAGUAAUGUUCCUCGAUCGACUCCGCGACGAAUAUGAAACUAUUGACUUAAAAGUAGCCAUCUUGGAAUUUGUAGCAACAUGCAUCGGAAAACAACCAGGCCUCACUGAAGCUUUCUUCAUGAUGAACCACGUGAAUGCAAAGGCAGAAGAUAAAGAAAAGGACAAAUGUGGAAAAGAAAAGACUUUGGAUACCGAUGAUAGUUUUGAAGGUAUCUUAGGGUACUUGGCGGACUAUCUGGGUACUGUGAAAUCGGACGCCAAAUUACUUCACAGUCCACUUUUAGGAUGUAUGAUGGGGCUAUUCCAUGCUCUAUGGAAAAAUAACAUGCAAAUUCUGGUAAAGAAAUUGCGAGAAAAUCCAAAAUUCUGGGAACAUCUAACGAGUCCACUUUUCAAUGAAAUUCAACCAGGACUUAGAACUUACACACAGAUAUUCAAUGUCCUCGGAAUAGAAUUAUUUGUAUCUAGAGGAAAAGUAGACUCCAAUUUGAAAGAGAUGCUUGAACAAUUUUUCGAUGUCAGCAAGAAACAUUUGGAUACCUGGAUCAAAUAUAUAUUCUCUUUUAAAGGCAGAGAAGAUACGGAGGAAGUGGUAGAUAAAGUUCCAGUUUGGUUGGGACUGUUGACUUCAUGGAAAGACUUCACAACAAUCUUCUGCAAAUGUUUGCCUUUCAGUUUGAACAUCGCACAUAAGGCGAAAAUGGUUGCGCCCUGUAUGAAUGCUCUGUUGAAUGAACUCGACGAACUCAAGGAUGGCAGGUUGGUUGUCAUUUUGGCUGAGUUGUAUGUUAUAAUGUUAGCAAACUUCAAAGACGACUGUUUUGACAACAGAAAAGUGAGCGCGAAACAAAUUGAUUGUUUACUUACUAAUACGGCAAUCGUUUAUGAGUGCCUGCACCUACGAGCUAUCAGAGCAAUUCUCUCAAUCGGGACUGUUGCUAUCAGUAGCUUGGAUUACGAAAUUAAAGCGAACAGCGUUUUAGCACAAAACAUAAUUCGAGCUGUGACGAAUAUCAACAGCUUAGAACUUGAGAAAUUAUUUGACUAUAUCAAAGACGAGCCCAAAAUAGAAAGGAAAGAGAAUGGACAUGCAAUCAGAGAAGAUAUUCCUCCUGUAGUGUUAUCUUUGGCGAUGUUGGAACAGUGCCUGGAGUUGUACGAUGACAUAUUCUCAGGGUUGUCGCACUGGUUCCAGUCCAGCAGGUUCAUCAACAAAGUUCUCUGCUGCUUACAAAUCUGUUUGCAAAACAGACGUCACUACCAGACAUCCUUAGCAGCGCUACGUUGUCUAACAGCUUAUGCAAGAGGUCCAUUUUCUAAGGAUUUGUUAUUCAGUGAUGUAGACCAGUUUAUGUGGCUGCAGCUCUUGCCACCGAAAAUAGAUUCUAACGGAGGAUCUUUGACAUGGAAGCCUCAAGAAUGGUGGAAGGUAUACUCAUACAGCUUGGAUUUCAUAUCCAUGAUGGUGAUGAAGCAUGGCCAGUUCUUCGCUAGUGACGCGAUCACGUUCGUCGGAGUCCACUUGGAUCAUCUGAUAGAAGCCGUCUUGAUGCCACGACAGAUUGCAAAUUUAGACUCCCUGAACCUUUGCGCCUCUACCUUGAACCUUGUAGUACAGCUUGUCAAAUUUGAGGCACGAUGGCGCAUCCAGAAUAUCAAUUCUUUGACUGGGAUUAUGCGCAGCAUAAGCGCAUGUUUGUAUCAAUGUGUGACGCUGAUGAUGCGCGCGCGGCGGUCGUCCGAUCCGGCUUUACAGUCCAUGGAAGAGGUUGCCAACCAAGCUCCUGUAUUACACAGGACUCUCGAAAUACUGCACAUGGCGACGCUCUGCUUGCUAGCGUUCAGCCCGGAUCUGCUGUCUCUACUGGCGGACCCUGGGCUGGACCUGGAACGCUGGCAGCCUCUCGUGGAACUUCACUUCGGAGCCCCCAAGAUAUCCUACGAACCAUUCCCGCAGUUGACGUUCGGCACGCUUCUGGCGGCCAUUUGUUUACUCACCAGAUCUCUUAACCAUGCUUAUCACGCGGAGGAAGGCAGCGGGUCCCGCUCCCCGCGCGGCCGGCGCCGGGCGUGCUCGUGCGGCAGCCCGGGCGACUCGCGCCGCGCCAACCGCAGCGAGUCGCUGACCAGCAUCUCGUCCGUCGCCAGCGCCGUGCCCUGGCCCAACGAGCGGCUCGUCGCCGGCGCCACGCAGGCUGCUGCCACGCUGCUCGCCUCCCAGGCGCUACUAGCCGUACGUGACCCGAAUGUCCCUUCCCGCCAUAAGCAACUGGUUCGCCGUGAACUCAGUUCCGAACUCACCGCAUUCCACGACUUUGUGCGCAAGCGUAUCUUGUGUGCCGCACACGCGCGCCCGCAUCUCAUCCGCAACAAACUGGGCGCAUGGCCUCUAGCUGCCGAUGACACCGAGUUGAAAAAAAUUGAAGAUGCAAGAAAAGACAAGGAUAAUAUUUGUAUCGAUGAUGAUGAUCGUGCGUUGGCCCCACCACCGCCUCCAAAAAGAGUAUCGCAUGACUCGAUGCGCGAGUAUGUUUUACGCAAACAUUAUUUAGAUAAAUGUGCCCAGACACCGACUAAAGGACCACCGUCUCCCGUCUCCCACUCUACCCCAGCUUCUGACAAGAAGAAGGAAGCUUCCAGAAGCUCUAAGCGUGUGUCUUGGGCGGAGACCACAAGGGACAGUGACGAGAGCCUCGAUAGUUCGCUGGAAGAAAUAGAGCCCGUCUAUUCAAAUCUAACAGAUGUGCAAAUCAACAAUGAUGAAGACUACUUCCACUUUUUAUCUGUUGUGUUCCUUUAUAUUUGUCAAACAGAACUGUAAAACUCAAGUUAUUAGAAUACUAAGAUAAUCUGUAAUGAAAAUAAAAUAUUCUUUUUGUAUUGAAAAAAUA